UUUAAUUUCAUUUCACUUCAAUGAAAAUAGAGUUGCGAAAUCCUAAAUUUGAUCCCCAAAACCCAAAAUCGACCUUUGCCACCAAACAGCACCUUCUCAGAUCCUAACACAGGCAAGCAGACUUGCCAUUUCGCACACACUCACGCGCUCCGCCGCAAAAUGGCGAGGAAUUACGCCAGAGAGAACAUGCAGCUCUCGAGGUUCGGCGUACUGGUGGCGCAGCUCGAAUCAAUAGUCGCCUCCGCCGCGCACAAGCCACCGGACGCACUUCUCUGUUUCGAUCUUUUGUCUGAUCUCAUCUCCGCCAUUGAAGAAGAGCCCAAGGAGUCCGUAUUGCAAUGGCAAAGGAAAUGUGAGGAUGCACUAUAUUCAUUGCUGGUGCUCGGAGCUCGUAGGCCCGUGCGGCAUCUGGCAUCAGAGGCAAUGGCCAAUAUUAUAUUGAAGGGUGAUUCAAUCUCAAUAUACUCUAGAGCAAGCAGCCUUCAGGGAUUUCUUUCUGAUGGCAAGAGGAGCGAAGCUCAAAAAGUUGCUGGUGCUUCUCAAUGCUUGGGAAUAUUGUACCGGUACUUUGGGAGACGAAUUGUUUCUGGGCUACUGGAAACAACUAAUAUUGUUUCAAAGUUACUAAAGUUUAAUGAGGAUUUUGUGAGACAAGAGGCUCUGCGCAUGCUUCACAAUGCUUUGGAGGGUUCUGAUGGUAGUGCUGCUUCUGCAGCGUAUACUGAGGCUUUUCGUGUAAUUAUGCGGGCCGGAGUUGGGGAUAAGUCUCCACGUGUCAAAAUAGCUGCUGCAAGAUGUCUGAAGGCUUUUGCAAAUAUUGGAGGACCAGGAUUGGGGAUUGGAGAACUUGAAAAUUGCUUGUCUUAUUGUGUCAAGGCUCUUGAGGAUCCUGUUAAACCUGUAAGAGAUGCCUUUGCUGACGCUUUAGGAGCAUUACUGGCUCUCGGAAUGAAUCCUGAUGCACAGGUACAACCAAGGGGAAAGGGUGCUACUCCUAAGAAGCUAGAAGGGGGCUUACAGAAGCACUUAGCGCUCCCAUUUACCAAAGUCAGUGGACCUCGUCUGAAGGAUGUACGUAUUGGCAUUACCUUGUCAUGGGUAUGCUUUUUACAGGCUAUGUGUUUAAAGUAUCUACACCCAGAUAGCGAGCUACAAAACUAUGCUCUGCUGGUCAUGGAUAUGCUCCGCUCGGAUACAUCUGUUGAUGCUCAAGCACUGGCUUGUGUGCUGUAUAUCGUGCGAGUUGGUAUGAUAGAUCAAAUGAGCGAACCAAUUCAGAGAAGCUUUUCAGUUUUUCUUGCCAAGCAGCUUUUAUCUUCAGAUUCCACCCCAUCCAUGAGAGUUGCUGCUUUACGAACUCUGUCAUAUGUGCUGAAAACACUUGGAGAGGUUCCACAUGAAUUCAAGGAAGUCCUUGAUGACACAGUUGUUGCAGCGCUUUCCCAUAAUUCAGCAUUGGUAAGAGUUGAAGCUGCCUUGACCGUUCGUAUGCUGGCUGAAGUUGAUCCUUCUUGUGUUGGUGGUUUGAUAUCAUAUGCAAUGACAAUGCUUAGUGCAGCAAGAGAAAAUGUUUCAUUUCAGAAGGGAUCCAACUUUAAAAGGGAGCUUGACUCUCUGCAUGGGCUAGCAGCAGUUUUGGCUUCACUAGUGUCCACUUCACCAAAGUUACCUCUUGGAUAUCCAACCAGGUUGCCCAAAUCCAUCCUUGAUGUUUGCAAGAAGAUGUUGAUGCAAUCCAGCAGGAACCCUAUAGCAGCUUCUGUAGAAAAAGAAGCUGGGUGGAACCUUCUAUCUUCACUAUUAACUUCUGUGUCAAAAGAAGAGCUUCACGACCAAGUUUUCGACAUUCUUGCCUUAUGGGCUUCCACAUUUAGUGGAAAUACUAAACAUCGGAUGAACCAAGUUCAAGACCGCACAUCAGAAAUAGGAGUGUGGUCUGCUGCCAUUGAUGCUCUUACAUCAUGUAUAAAAUGUUUUCUUUCUUCUGAUCCUGUGGAUACAAUAUUGCUGCAGCCUGUUCUGCUAUACCUAAACGGAGCAUUGUCCUUUGUAUCCCAAUUAACAGGCAAAGAACAAGGUGGAAUAAGCUCUUCAAUGGAUGUAUUUAUUGUUAGGGUGUUAUCAGCCUAUCAAGCACUCUCAGAUCCAUCUUUAUACAAAAGUGACCAUGCAUCAAUUAUUCAGAUAUGCACCACUCCUUUUAGGGAAGCUUCCAGAUGUGAUGAAAGCUCUUGUCUGAGGAUGUUGUUAGACAAGAGAGAUGCCUGGUUAGGUCCAUGGACUCCUGGAAGAGACUGGUUUGAAGAUGAACUUCGUUCAUUUCAAGGGGGCAAAGAUGGUGUACUGACAUGUGUUUGGGAAAAUGAGCCUCCUAGUUUUCCCCAGCCUGAGACCAUAAGCAAGAUGCUGGUCAAUCAGAUGCUUCUGUCCUUUGGAACCAUGUUUGCUUCUCAGGAUAGUAGAGGGAUGCUCUCGUUUCUUGGCAUGGUUGAUCAAUGUCUGAAAGCUGGAAAAAGACAGGCUUGGCAUGCAGCCAGUGUUACCAAUAUUUGUGUGGGGUUACUGGCUGGACUCAAGACCUUGCUUGCUCAACGCUCUGAACCCCUGGGAAUGGAGAUACUGACUGCUGCUCAGUCUAUUUUUCAGAGUAUUUUAGCUGAAGGUGACAUUUGUGCAUCACAACGUAGAGCAUCAUCAGAAGGGCUUGGUUUAUUAGCGCGGCUAGGAAAUGAUACAUUUACUGCCAGAUUGACAAAACAACUUCUUGGUGAUGUAACUGGCAAUGUUGAUUUCAACUAUUCUGGAUCAAUUGCUCUUGCCCUUGGUUGCAUUCAUUGCAGUGCAGGAGGAAUGGCCUUGUCAAGUUUAGUUCCUAACACGGUCAAUGUUGUCUCAUCGCUUGCUAAAAGUUCAAUAUCAAGUUUACAAAUCUGGUCCUUGCAUGGACUUCUUUUGACCAUUGAAGCAGCCGGCUUGUCUUAUGUGUCUCAGGUUCAGGCAACACUUGGCCUGGCAAUGGAAAUUAUUUUAUCAGAGGAGAGUGGUUGGGUUGACCUGCAGCAGGCAGUCGGCCGCCUAAUUAAUGCUAUAGUUGCAGUCACAGGUCCCGAGCUUGCCCCUGGGAGUAUUUUUUUCUCCCGCUGCAAGUCAGCUGUUGCAGAGAUCAGCUCCUCCCAAGAGACCGCAACACUUCUCGAGAGUGUCCGCUUCACACAACAACUCGUUCUUUUUGCACCUCAGGCAGUUCCUGUACAUUCUCAUGUGCUGACCCUCCUUCCAACUUUAUCAUCAAGACAGCCGACUCUGAGACAUCUAGCUUUGUCCACACUGCGACACCUCAUAGAAAAGGAUCCGGUUUCCAUAAUUGAUGAAGAAAUUGAAGAAACUUUGUUCCACAUGUUGGAUGAGGAAACUGAUCCAGAGAUUGGCAAUUUAGCUCGUAGUACGAUUAUGAGAUUACUUCAUGCAUCAUGCCCUUCACGUCCAUCCCGUUGGUUGUCGAUAUGCCACAAGAUGAUUCUUUCUACAUCAAGACAUAAUACAGGCAAUAGCAACAAUACAAUGAUUGAUUCAACUGGUAUGGAUGGUGAAAGAACCUUGAGUGUUGGGGAUGACGAUGAGAACAUGGUCUCUAGCUCCAAAACAUCUCCAAAGCGCCGCCGUGCAUUUGACUAUUCUAGUCCCAACUUUUCAAGGGAUAAGCACCUCAGAUAUCGAACAAGAGUUUUUGCUGCUGAGUGCUUGAAUCAUCUUCCUGAAGCUGUUGGUGACAGUCCUGCUCACUUUGACCUCUCAUUGGCAAGGGCACAACCUUCUAAGGGGCAUCUCUCAGGAGACUGGCUGGUUCUUCAAUUGCAAGAGCUCAUUUCUCUUGCUUAUCAGAUAAGCACCAUCCAGUUAGAGAAAAUGCGGCCAAUUGGUGUUACACUUCUGUGUACAAUUAUGGACAAGUUUGCAGCAAUUCCGGAUCCUGAGCUCCCCGAUCACCUCCUUGUGGAACAGUAUCAGGCCCAACUGGUGUCAGCUGUCCGAAGUGCUUUGGACUCGUUAUCAGGCCCAAUUUUACUGGAAGCAGGCCUGCAGUUAGCCACUAAGAUGCUAACAAGUGGAAUCAUUAGCCGGGAUCAAGUUGCAGUCAAGAGAAUAUUUUCAUUGAUUUCACGCCCAUUGGAUGACUUCAAUGAUCUUUUUUAUCCAUCAUACGCCGAAUGGGUCUCAUGCAAGAUUAAAGUAAGGCUUCUCACGGUCUAUGCAUCUCUCAAAUGCUACAUGUUUGCGUCCUUAAGGGGACAAGGUGAUGAAAUUCCCGAUGAGUAUCUAGCUCUGUUGCCACUGUUUGCUAAGAGUUCAAACACUCUGGGAACAUAUUGGCUUUCUUUUUUAAAGGACUACAGCGUUGUUCAUUUCCAAUUACGUUUGGAUAAUUGGGAGCCAUUUCUUGAUGGAAUUCAAUCAUCAGUUGUUUCAGCUGAGUUGCACCCAUGUCUAGAAGAAGCUUGGCCUGUAAUUCUACAAGCACUGGUGCUGGAUGCAGUUCCUGCAAAUUCGGAUUUGAUUGAAUCUCCUCCAACAGACAGAACAGAAAAUAUUCCUACUUCUGGACACAGCAUGGUGGAGUUGCAGAUUGAUGAUUUCAACUUCCUUUGGGGUUUUUUACUGCUGGUUCUGUUUCAGGAGCAAGAUGUUACACCCAUUGAGCAUAUUAUACCAGUUUGUCGUAUAAAAUCCAAUUUCAGCAGUAAAAUCUUAGCUGAUGACUCCAGUUCUUCAAGUUUGAAGAAUAUUUUCUUCUCAGUCUUUCAAUUUAUGUCCACCAAAAGUUUCUUCAGUUCUGGAUAUCUCAGUUUGGAUGCUUGCACUGAAUUACUGCAGGUAUUCUCUUAUCUAGUUUUCGGGGAAGAUAGAUGGGAUUGUCUUGCAGUCUUUUUCCUGUCGCAGGUUAUUCAGAACUGUCCUAACGAUUUCCUUUUAGUGGAGAGUUUCACAUAUUUGGCAACAGAAAUAUGUCUAACUUCUCUCUUCAAAGACUUAGUAAGUUGCAAUGGGAAUGGGAGUUCUCAGAAACUGUCAGACUGGGAAAAGAAUAUUACUGUUUCACUUAGUGCUGCUUCAACUCUAUUGGAACGCUCUGAAGCUAAGAUGCAGCUAAAGUUAUUGUUGCCCUUUCUCCUUAUUGGUUACAAGUGCAUCGGAGAAGCAUCAACUGAGAUGGCCCUUUCAAGAAUAAACUACUUUAGCCAGACUAUUAAUUCUUCAUUGAAAAGACUCGGAAAAUCCGAACUUGAGUCUGAUGGCAUUACACACUUUGUAUCAAUAACCAGAGCUUGUGUGGAUGCAACGGUUAUUCUGACUAAUAAUUGCGUCCAAGCAAUUCAUCAACUAGAAGAGAAGAGGUCCAAUCUGCGCAAGGUGCUGCUGUUGAAGCUUGCCUAUUCAGUCGAACAGCUUUUUACUUAUGCUGCUCUAGUUUAUACUUUCGAAGGUCCUGGAGAGAGGCAAGAAAUGAAUCCCGUCUUUUAUAGGGUUUUGCAUCAUAGUAUUCAGUGUACACGAGCUGUGCUUACUGAUCCUGACAUACAGAUUCAAGCAGUUGGCUUGCAAGUUGUGAAAGUCAUGCUACAAAAACGAAUCGGUGCAGAAUCUGAUCCUUUCUUAAUUUUCUACCUUGGGGAGCUUGUUGGCGAUAUGUUCGUCAUUCUACACAACAUUUUAGAGAACCCUAUUAACAGAGAAGCAGUUGCUAUUGCUGGGGAGUGUCUCAAAUUUCUAAUGCUUCUUCAGACAUUAUCAAAAGAAUGCAAUUAUGAGAAAUGCCUAAUACAUCUUCUUCUGGAAUCUGUUCUGAUGAUAUUUGUGACCUCUGAUGGUUCUCUUUCUCAGGAGGCUAAUGAUUUACAAAACAUAGCUGUUAAGCUUGUUUCGCAACUUGCUCAAACUCCUAGUUCAGCAGCUUCUGUCAAGGAUAUUCUUUUGGCAAUGCCUGCUACGCGAAGACAGCAGCUUCAGGAUAUAAUCCGUGCUUCUGUUGUCCAAGAUAAGAACCCACAGCCCAUGACAUCCACUGGACCGCCCUUAGUGAUAAAGUUACCUUCACAGACUGAGCAAAUCGUAAUCAAGAAUUCUGUUCCAUUAGCAGCCCCACCAGAGGAUUCUAAUAACAGUAGUGUCGAAGACGAAGAUGAGGAGGAUGAUUGGGAUACUUUCCAGUCUUUUCCAGCUUCAGGCAAUGAAACUGCUCCAGCUCCAGAAAGUCCCCCAUCCGUCUCAGGCAAUAACAGCGGAGAAAGCAGCGAUGACCAAGGGCCCUCUGCUUCUAUGUCUCUUAGCAUUAAAGAGAGUUCUAACGUUGAAAAUCAUGAGUUUGAUGAAGCUGCAAGUACGUCUUAUAUAGCCGAUGGUAACAAUCAGAUGGAAGAUGGCCAGAGACCUGAAGAUGGUUCCAGUGAACAUCAGCAGUCCGCUGAGGUGUUUCCAGAUAUAGAUGAAGAGCUGCCCAAUAUUCAGUCCGAUCAAAUUGAGGAUGAACGUACUGAACCUUCGGUUAAGGAAUCGAACAAUGAAGAUAAUCAAACUGUUUUGGAUGUUCAACGCACAUAUAGCACAGACUCAUAUAGCAAUGCAUCUGAUGAACAUUGUGUUGGGACUUCUCACACUUUAGAGCAAGGUAAUCAGCCUACAGAGUUAUCAGCAGAGCAUGCUGAGCCAUCUAAUGAGCAUCGUCCUGAAGAGACCAGUAACAUUGACCGAAUCAUCUCGGUGGUCUCAACCAAUGAUUCUGAAGUAGAGGGCUCUACUUCAGGGCAUCAUGAGAGAAUUGAGUAAUCUAUACGUUCAGUCCAGUUUGCCUCCUACUGAUGAUUCAGAAAAUGGCAGGGGAGUAAUUUUACCUAGUAGGCCAUGGGAGUUGCAUGAUGAUUGUUGUAAUACAGCUGCAUUACAUAUCCUGUUUUUUGUUGGAGGGACUACUACUACUAGCCCUCAUGCCCUUUUUCUGGUUUAUUCAUCUGUACUAGCAUUGUAGGAUAUACUUUUUCGUCAAGAUAGAUAAACCAAGCGCAGAGGUAUUUAUAGUGUUGAAA